GUCAUAUGUCACUCAGGGUCUCUUUGUUUUGUUUUUAACUAAUUUUAGAAAUAUAAGAAACAAGCAAUACAGUUUAUCCGAAUUAAGAAUUUAUAUUAUAAAACAUAUUAUACAUAAAUAUUCUUCAUAAACCAUAAUUUUAACUGAGCGAAUGACAUUAUUUCUACCCAAUAAAGAUGAAUGAAUCUAAAGCAUAUUCAUCAUUAUUUGCGUUGGUAGAUAGUCACUUAUCAAAAACAAGUGUUAACGAAAGUGAUAGUGUUGGUUCUCAUAAUGAAAUACAAAUACCAUCUCUUAAUGGAUUGCGGAAUGGUAGUGUUUCCGAGACAUGGCUAUCGCUGCCCCCUACUCAAAGACUACCAAUACCAACUCUCAAUUCUGGUGAAAGUCCAAUAACAAAUGUUUUAGCUGAACAAGUGGCAAAUAUGCUUAAAGCUAAAGAAAAAAAGCAAGAAGAAGAAAAGAAACAAAAAUUAGAAGAAGAAUUGAAAAAACUUAAAAUUGAGGAUGAAAAGAACUCUGUUAUUGAUUUAAUGAAGGCUUUACAAACUUCAUACCAUCCGGAAACCAUGUCUCAUUCUCAAGAUAUUUUGAGUAGCAGCAGCUCCUUUGAAUCCCUUUUUGAGCUAAAAUUUACAGACUGUGAUAAAGAACCUGAAAAAACCAAGACUCCAGAGCCAUUGCUACCUUGUACUACAGACCUGUCACAUGUCUUGAAAAAUAAAGUUAGAAAAGCCAAAUGUUCUAAAUUUGGAAAAGUGGUUGCAUCCAAAUUAUGUCCUGUUGCUUUAGUUUACCUAAGGGAAAAUAUUGAUACAAAUAUUACUAGAUUUAGAUUUGAUACCACAUCACCUUGUGAUGCCAUUAAAGAAAAAUUAAGAAGACCAACAAUAUCUUGCACUUAUACUACAACAGAGAUCCCUGCCUCUGAUCACAUUGAUGCAUACAUGACAGAAGAAAUUUAUGUAAGUACUUGCCUGCAAUAAAAUAAUAUUUUGUUACAUUAUAGAUAAAUGUCAUAAUGAACAAAAUUAUCCAUUUAAAAAAAAAAAGACAUUAGACCUAACCUAAGACAUAUAAGACCUUUCUCACAAGCACUCUCUUUAACUAACAUAUCAGACAAGUGCCUUCUAACUACAUUAACUGAAACUGUUUACUCCUAUACUUUUACAUAGAAACAGUUAAACCCAAGAUCAACAUAAAAAUGAAAAUGUAUAAAUCUAAAAUGUUCAUUUAAAAGUCUACAAAAGAUUCUCUUAUUUAAGUCCACCCACAAGAAAAACGUUGGAUAGAAAACUAAUUGUUUAACAAUAUGCAAUAAAAUCAGAAAUCAUCUAUAGCUUCCAAAAUGGCUCAAAAUUGCCUAGAGUUGAAAGGUUUAUUCCAUAAGUUAAAACAUGGACCUCUUUAGAAAUAAGUAGAGGAUUAACAAAGUUAAAUUUAAAAAAAAUUAUGUUAUAGAUCAAAAAGUUCCAUUAAAACCAUUAGUUCUGUAGGUUUCAAAAUGGCUCAAAAAUUCUACCUCGCUUAUAAACAGCAAUUUUUUAGUACAUAUAUGUCUUAAAUAUUUUAUUGAAAUAGCUAAUAUAGUAUUACUUUAUGGUGGUGGUUAGAGAUGAAAAUAUAAAGGUAGAAACAUCAGAAUAGAACUAGACCGAGUAGAGCUUUAAUAACAAUGCAUAAUAAAUAAUUGAAUUAAGGUCCAAAUUAGAGGAAAUACUGUUUUUAUUUUAAAUCCAUUGUCCAAAAAGUGUGUGUUAAAUUGUAAAUAGUUUUGAGAUUUUAUUUAACAUUACAUUAUUAAUUAUUUUAUAAGACAAGCUGAAUUGCAACCUCCAAGGUACUUGUUUUUAUAAUUACCUUAUUUUGUGUUGUUGAUAGGUGGGACAAUUUUUUUUAAGACAAAUUAAUCUGUAUAUUGAAUGAUAUACUUCUGGAUAUCUGGAUAGUGAAUUUUAAUUUUGAAAUUUUUUAUACAUUUAAUAUAAAUUGAGCUUAAAAAUAAUUAAGUUUAGAUAUAAUUAGAAUUAGUUAAGAAAUUUUAAUAUUAUGUAUUAAUGGUAGAAAAUAUUUUUAUUACAAAAUUAUAUGUUUAAUGUUAUUUAAAAUUUAUGGUAUUUAAAAAAUUAUUAAUAAUUUCGGAUAUGUCAACAAUACAAAUAAAAUGUUAUUAAGGUUUUUUUUUAUUAAUCGCAACUGUAUUCAAAUAAAUUAGACACUGACAUGUGAAGAUACAAAUAAAAUAUAAACGCCUUAUAGUGUUGAGUUUUAUAUUGACAAUAUUAAGACAUACAUUGUGGUUAUUUGAUUCUCAAGGUUAAAUAAUAUACUUUCUAAAUGUAUAAAGAAAUGGCUUCCUAUGUAGACAUUUCUAAUGACUAAAAAUAAAGGAAUCUGAAAUGCAGAUCCGAUCUCGACUA